AUGCCGUUUCACAUUUCACCACUUAGUGCCCUCUUCCUCCCUGGCCUCCACCACUGCAUUUACGAGUUUGCCGCUCAGCUGGUGCAUGUGGCUACUCGUCAUGUUGCGAACAUGUUCCUUCCUGUCCUCGUGCUUGUCUUUGAGCUUGGGAAGGUCUCCCAAGAUGGUCUUGGACAUGAUGGAGGUGUCUUAGCAAGAGUCUUGUGCCCCUCUCCUUCCCCUCCGCGUCGCUCAGAUCCACCAGCAGACAUAUGGUAUCUAACACUGGACGGCCAACCCAAGUCCACUCUCAAGGAGUGGUGCCACAAGUUCAAACUCCCUGUAUCCAGAAAUGUCCCACAAUUGAUCGACAGGCUUCAUGAAUACAGCAGGGAUGAUGAGAAAUGGAAAAGCCUCAGCCCAGUCAAGAUGCACUCCCACAAAGGCCCCAGGCCCAAUGCAAAAUCUCAGUGGUACCAGAAGCAGUCCCAAAUUCGACAGGCAGCAUUGUUCAAGAGUGAUCCAGCUGUCCCUCCCUCUCAGGCUCUCAUCAUACAUGCCUUGCCUAUAGAGCAGUCAAGGGAUCUUCAGAUGGCUCAACAAGUGGCAAUGGUAAUCCCUUGGGCCAAAAAUUAUGUUAAGCACCUUCCAUACAAACCAUGCCAGCCAGAUGUGGUUCCUCCUUCCUCCUGCCCACGAUUGAGUAUGUCUGGGGGGAGCAGUAUGUCUGUCCAAUCCCCUUCUUCCCCAGGCAUCUCUGCCCCUGCCACAUCUGUCAGUGUGUAUCCAUCCCUGGCCCUCCCUUCCACAUCAUUCAGCAGCUUUGACAUGCGCACUCCCUCAAGUGAUGUUUGGGAGCCCUCUGAUACCGACAUGCAGCCCCCCUCUAACCUGCUCACUCAAGACAUGAGUGUCACAGCUGCACCCAGUGGAGGGAACCUCAUGGAAGCGGGUUCUUUCACAAUAUUCCCGCUGUUGCUUGCCCUUUCCUUGGUAGUAUCUGGUGCCCGAUCUGUUGAAACUCAAUCCUUGACCCUCACUAGUGGCACGGUGCUCAUAUUCACUGCAGACGACAUUCCAGAGCUGGCCUACAUCAGAAUCAACAAGGACAUCCCUCUUCUGGCUUCAAUGUGGGAUGACUCCUCGUCUGCUUGGAGCGGAGUCUCUGUCACCACCAUCCAAGGUCAUUAUGUCGCACUCAAAUUCUGGCCCAAGCUCUACCGGUACUGGAAGCCUGCAGCUUGGAAGGCGAAGAAGGGCGAAUGGUUUAAGUGGAAGGGAACCCGUGAGGAGUUCAAAUUGGCCUUUACAGUCAACGGCAAACUGCAGUCAUACAUGGCCAUUGAAAAGGCAAUCACUCAAGCUCGUGUUGCUGACGAUCAGGCAGUUGCUGCAAAAGCACGUAUGGAGUAUGGGGUGGACUUUAACCAAGUUUUUUUGUAUUGGCGAACCCAUGAUGGUGCCAAGAUCAUCAUGAGCAAGGACUCGACUAUCACUCAUCACUACCGUCACCUCUGGGGAGAGCUCCAGCAGGAUGAAGAGGGGGAUUUCGAUGAGGAUCUUGAAUAA